GUGGUAUGUGUGAAUGUCUCUUUAAGAAGUUUCUGUAAUUUGAUUCUCAGUAGCGCCUUGCCCUCCAGAUACCUUCCCAACACAGCCAGCCAUAACCGAGCAUCCACUUGAAAUUGCUUAUGUGCACGUUUUUGUGCUGGAGAAUAAAUACAAUAUGCGGCAUCGUUAGGGCAUUUUCAAGAGCAUAAUCAUAUAACGAUUGUGAUGACGAAUUGCCUGGUAAUGGCAUAUGCGUUUGUAAUGCAUUUUAACGGUAUUGAUCGUGAUGGUUUUCAGAAAAUAACGCUAAGUGCAGGACGUAUGAUGUAUUUUUAACGAAAGAAGAAAGGGUUGAGCUGCUAUGGAAUUCUUCAACCAGCUGAUUCUUGCUGUCUCAGUGACCAGUUUCAUCACGUUUCAAGUGCUGUUUCACUAUCUAAGCUCCUGGGUGUCUACCCGUGUCAGCCCUGGUUUUAAAAAACUAAGUGAAAAGCAGAAGAUAGAAUGGAACUCCAGGACAGUGUCGACUUUCCAUGCCUUGGUGGUUGGAGUAUUUUGUUUGUACAUACUACACUUUGAUGAUGCUGUCAACGAAGACCCUGUCUGGGGCGAUCCUGCACUGGUGAAACUAAAUGUUGCAAUAACCACUGGCUACCUCAUUUCAGACCUGCUGCUCAUUUUUUUCCAUUGGAAGGCAAUCGGGGACAGGUUUUUUGUAGUGCAUCACCUGGCAGCACUGUAUGCUUACUACUAUGUACUGGGCCAAGGAUUGUUGCCUUAUUUUGCUAACUUCCGUCUGCUUGCAGAGUUCUCCACUCCAUGUGUUAAUCAGCGCUGGUUCUUUGAAGUGUUAGGUUAUCCAAAAUCUUCCAAGCCCAACAUAGCCAAUGGAGUCAUGAUGGCAGUAAUAUUCUUCCUGGUGAGGAUUGCUGUCAUGCCCAUAUACUACGAACGAAUGUUCUCCAUCUAUGGAACAGAAGCCUUUUACCGGCUGCCGUUUGGGGGUCGCAGUGCUUGGAUGUGCUCAAGCAUCUGUUUGGAUGUUAUGAAUGUGAUGUGGAUGCACAGAAUUGCCCGAGGAUGCUACAAAGUUCUACGUUAUAGGAGGAAACCUGAAGAGGACGCACAGCAGAACGGCAAAAUUGAGUGACCUGGGCACUUUAACUGCUAUAUUUACUAUUUUAAAUGGUUGUCUAUUAAUAUAUUCAUGCAACUGUUAAUAUAACGGAGUCAAUCAACUCUGCUAUGCUUUUUAUUCCCCCCCAAGUUACGUAAUCCAAUGUUUCAAAAGACUUACAGAGCUUCACCUUGAUAAUGCAUAAAACUUCAAAACAUUAACCGUUAUUUUAUUUUAAGUGGAUAUGUGGGAAAUGACUGACUUUUAGUUAACAGGUAGCAAUACUUUUUUUGUGUACAGUAGAACUGCAGGUCACACACAUUUUAGUAAUUUAUUUGAUCCAGGUGGAAUCCAUACAUAUGUAGUUUUAAGGAAGUCAAAAUGUGGCAAACUGUUUUUUGUUAGAGCUAAAAUAACUUCUGAGAGCUGUUUUACAAUUCUGUGCUGAGUGCCAGUCAGCAAAACAAAUGUUUCUAGUGGCAUAAAAGCUAUUGGAUGUAAAACUUAUUUCAGCAUCCACUGCGAGUAGCUUAAAUUCUAAAUCAAGAGCAUUUUGGAUGUACAGCCUUGCAAGAGUUUACCGACUACUGAAGUCAGUCCAAUGAUUGUGCCAAUCCGUGGUCAAACAGACUUGGCUGCUACCUCUCUCUACACCAAGGCUGGAUAGAGAUCCUAUUUGUCAGUCAAAAAAUAUAUACAUGUUUUUACUUGCACUUAUGCCUGACAUACAGCUGCUUGAUGUAUCUCUAGGUUUGUUAGACAUUUUUGGAAAGGUUACGCAAGAAAUAUCUUGUCCUAGUGGCAUCUGCUUGCAUUUGCCGACUACAUGUUGUGUUAGUAUAAGUUGACUGAAGUUGAAGAUGUUAGCUGUUUUACCAAUUC